AUGAAAUAGAUGGCAGAUUCUUUAACUUAAUAGAGAUUAAGGGAUAUUUAAUAUAAUAAAAUAGAUAUUUAACCUAUUAGUCAAACUACUAUGAAAGAGUUGAUUGGAUCAUUAAAUAAUAAUGUAUUUGAUGAAAAAUUCUAAUAAAAAUACUCAAAUCAUUUGAAUGAAAGAGUAUUUUUAUUCAAAGUAAUCUAUGAUGGCUAGAGUUGGGAAAUAAGAAGAACAAUAGGAUAAUUUUAACAAUUAGAAAAGGAUAUGGCAAAUAAUAUAUUUUACAAAAUUUUCUAAAAAAAUAAGAUAACAGGAGAUUUAGAUAAAGAAGAUCCAAAAAAAGCAUUACUUCUUCUUCAUAAAUUCUUAAAGAUGAUAACAAGCAAUGAAAUUAUACCAUAAUGUGCAUUAACAUUUUUAGAGAUUUCUUGUAUCAAUUUACCAUUCAAAAUGAAAGAAGGCUUUAUGGAAAAGAUAUCAGUAAAACAAAAAGGUUACAUUUGGAGAAAGAGAUAUUUUAUAAUAACUUAAUAAUCCCUUCUCUACUUAGAAGGUCCUGAAAAAGAUAAAUGUUAAAUUCGAGAAUGUCUAAGUUUUGAUGCUCGUUUCUGCUUUUUUUUAGGCAGAAAAUAGAAAUUAAUAAUAUUCUCUUCAUAGGAUACAUUAAUUUUGAAAGCUGAAAAUUUGACAGCCUCUAUCGACUUUAUGUAUGCACUUUUUAAAUCGAAAAAGGAAAGUCCAUAUACAAAGUUGCAUAGAUUUGGAUCAUUUUCUCCAAUAAGAACUUCAGAUUGUAAAUGGUAUAUUGAUGGAGAUUAAUAUUUUGAAGAUGUUUGUGAUGCAAUCUUGGAAGCUAAAGAAACUAUAUAUAUUACUGAUUGGUGGUUGAGUCCAGAAAUGUAUUUAAAGAGACCUGUUGAUGUUAGGAAAUAUGCUUAAUCGAGUGAAUUUCUUUAUACUAGACUUGAUAAUGUAUUGAAAUUAGCAGCUGAUAAAGGAGUUAAAGUUUUAGUAUUAUUGUACAAUGCUUUACUAUCAUUUUUAUAUAAUGAUCCAAAACAUUCAAAAAUGUAAUUAGAAAGUAUGUCUCCAAAUAUUAGGGUAUUAAAACAUCCAUCUCAAGCAAUACCAAAAUUAUUUUCUCAUCAUGAAAAAAUGGUUGUUAUAGAUUAAAAAAUUGGAUUUAUGGGUGGUUUAGAUUUAUGUUUUGGAAGAUGGGAUAAUUAAAAACAUCUUUUAUUUGAUGAUAUUCAUCCUUUUGAAUAAUUAUGGCCUUAAAUUGAUUUUUCAAAUUCUAGAGUUAGAGAUUUCUUUGAUGUAAGAAAUUAUGAAUAAACACUUUUAAAAGAAAAUGAACCAAGAAUGCCUUGGCAUGAUAUAGCUAUUUGUAAUUAUUUAUUAUAUUUUUAUAUAGAAAUUAAAGGAGAUUCAGUUAUUGAUUUAUCAAGACAUUUUGUUUAAUAUUGGAAUCAUGUAAUGAUGACUAAAUAAAAAAAGAAAAAGUAAGAAUUAUUACAUGCUAAUGAUUUAAAAAUGGAAGGAUUUGUUCCUACUGAUACUUCAAGUUUUAUUGAUAAUUCAAAUGUUAUUUAUUCUGGAAGAAGGGAAUCUUUAAUUUAAAUGAAGCAACCGAUUCUUUUAGAUUAAAUAAAAACGGAAGAAGGUUAAAUAGAAAAAAAUUAAAAAAUUUAAUAAGAUGAAAGUGCCAUCUAAGAACAAUCUAAUUCCCAGCAGUUUAUUCAAUAGCAAUAUAAAGAGUUCUAUAAUUACUAAAUGUAAGAAAAAUAAUUGAGGUAAACAAUAGAAGACGAUGAUGAAGAACAACAUUAUUAUAUUUUAGAAAAUUAAGAUAAACAAAAAAGUAAAAUUUAAGAUGAAAAAUUUGAUUAAAUAGAUGAGUAAGAUUAUGAAGGAAUGUAAGCUAAAAUUAAUUUAGAAUUUUUCAUUCCUCAUAUUGAUAUGAAUUAAAAUUAAUGUAAUUAUUUCCAUCUUUAUUUAUAGAAAAAUGUGUAACAUAAUUAACAAGAUCAUCUGGUACAUGGUCAACUGGUAUUAAAUAUACUGAGAAAUCUAUUUAAAANUGCAUAGAUUUGGAUCAUUUUCUCCAAUAAGAACUUCAGAUUGUAAAUGGUAUAUUGAUGGAGAUUAAUAUUUUGAAGAUGUUUGUGAUGCAAUCUUGUAAGCUAAAGAAACUAUAUAUAUUACUGAUUGGUGGUUGAGUCCAGAAAUGUAUUUAAAGAGACCUGUUGAUGUUAGGAAAUAUGCUUAAUCGAGUGAAUUUCUUUAUACUAGACUUGAUAAUGUAUUGAAAUUAGCAGCUGAUAAAGGAGUUAAAGUUUUAGUAUUAUUGUACAAUGCUUUACUAUCAUUUUUAUAUAAUGAUCCAAAACAUUCAAAAAUGUAAUUAGAAAGUAUGUCUCCAAAUAUUAGGGUAUUAAAACAUCCAUCUCAAGCAAUACCAAAAUUAUUUUCUCAUCAUGAAAAAAUGGUUGUUAUAGAUUAAAAAAUUGGAUUUAUGGGUGGUUUAGAUUUAUGUUUUGGAAGAUGGGAUAAUUAAAAACAUCUUUUAUUUGAUGAUAUUCAUCCUUUUGAAUAAUUAUGGCCUUAAAUUGAUUUUUCAAAUUCUAGAGUUAGAGAUUUCUUUGAUGUAAGAAAUUAUGAAUAAACACUUUUAAAACAAAAUGAACCAAGAAUGCCUUGGCAUGAUAUAGCUAUUUGUAAUUAUUUAUUAUAUUUUUAUAGAAAUUAAAGGAGAUUCAGUUAUUGAUUUAUCAAGGCAUUUUGUUUAAUAUUGGAAUCAUGUAAUGAUGACUAAAUAAAAAAAGAAAAAGUAAGAAUUAUUACAUGCUAAUGAUUUAAAAAUGGAAGGAUUUGUUCCCACUGAUACUUCAAGUUUUAUUGAUUAUUCAAAUGUUAUUUAUUCUGGAAGAAGGGAAUCUUUAAUUUAAAUGAAACAACCGAUUCUUUUAGAUUAAAUAAAAACGAAAGAAGUUUAAAUAGAAAAAAAUUAAACAAUUUAAUAAGAAGAAACUGUCAUCUAGGAACAAUCUAAUUCCCAGCAGUUUAUUCAAUAGCAAUAUAAAGAUUUCUAUAAUUACUAAAUGUAAGAAAAAUAAUUGAGGUAAACAAUAGAAGACGAUGAUGAAGAACAACAUUAUUAUAUUUUAGAAAAUUAAGAUAAACAAAAAAGUAAAAUUUAAGAUGAAAAAUUUGAUUAAAUAGAUGAGUAAGAUUAUGAAGGAAUGUAAGCUAAAAUGAAUUUAGAAUUUUUCAUUCCUCAUAUUGAUAUGAAUUAAAAUUAAUGUAAUUAUUUUCAUCUUUAUUUAUAGAAAAAUGUGUAACAUAAUUAACAAGAUCAUCUGGUAAAUGGUCAACUGGUAUUAAAUAAACUGAGAAAUCUAUUUAAAAUGCUUAUGUCUCACUUAUUAAAAAUGCUUAACAUUUUAUUUAUAUUGAAAAUCAAUUCUUUAUUAGUAAUACAGCUGGAAAUCCUGUUAAAAAUUUAGUGGCUAAUGCUCUAAUAUCUAGAAUUAAAGAAGCACAUGAAAAGUAAUAGAGAUUUAAAGUUAUUGUCUUUGUUCCAUUAUUACCAGGUUUUGAAGGUGAAAUUGAUUAAUCCAAUUCUGCUGUUCUUAAAGUUUAAUUACAUUUUGAAUAUCAAACCAUAAGUAGAGGAGGCAAAUCUAUAAUAGAAACCUUAAAAUAAGAUGGAAUCGAACCAGAAAAUUACAUUUAAUUCUUCGGUCUUAGGUAACAUGAAUUAUCUCCAGAACCAAAUUCAAUACCUGUGACUGAAAUUAUUUAUAUUCAUUCAAAAUUAAUCAUAGUUGAUGAUGAAAUUGCAUUAAUAGGAUCUGCAAAUAUCAAUGAUAGAAGUUUAUUAGGAAAUAGAGAUUCAGAACUUGCAAUUAUUGUUUAAGAUUAAAUAAAAGUUGAUUCUAUAAUGAAUGGUAUACCAUAUAAAGCAUCUAAAUUUGCACAUACUCUUCGCACUGCACUUUAUAUGGAACAUUUCGAUAUGAAAUAUGAAUAAGUUAUUGAUCCCUUGGGUUAAUAAUUUGAAAAGGAAUCAACUGCAUAAGCUGAUAUUAAUACAAGAAUUUAUAAAUAAAUUUUUGCUUGUUAUCCUCAUGAUGAUAUUAAGAAAGUAUCUGAUUAUGAAGAAGUAUUCAAUUAUUUAAUUAAUUUUAGUUUAAAGCAAACAAACAUUUAGAUGAAUACGAUAAAUUAAAGUAGUUUAUUAAAGGUCAUGCAGUAACUUUCCCAUUAUAUUUUUUAUGUGAAGAAAAUUUAAAUAUUAAAGUUACAUAAAAAGAAUACUUAGCCCCUGAAAUAAGUUUUACAUGA